AUGAGCUCCGCCAUGCGCGACCUGAUUUCGGGAGAGGCCGAGUUGGAUGACGAGGAAGAUGACGAAUCUUUUGACGAAGAUACUGGCGCGGAGCGUCGAAGGAAGCCGGCCGCCCGUGUCGACGACUCCAGCGAAGAAGAAGAAGACGAUGACGACGAAGAGGAGGCUCGCAAGAUCCGCGAGGGCUUCAUUGUCGAUGAGGACGAAGAGGAAGAAGAACCCGAGUCCGACGUCGACAGCCGGCCGAUAAAGAGAAAGCGAGAGCAUCGGAAUCGCGAAGAGGAAGAAGCACUCGACGAGGAAGAUUUGGAACUCAUUGGCGAGCAGUUUGGGGAGCAGCCAAAGCCCCAGGCACCAUCAAAGUUCAAACGCCUCAAACGUGGCCACCGAGACGAGGACGAUUCAGCCCACGAAAAGCGAGGCUUGGAAGAGAUCUUCGCAGACGAUGACGAGGACGCCGCCGAGCAACGUAGCUACGGUAGACCUGGCUUCCGUUCCCAAGUCGACGAGUUCGACGACUUCAUCGAGGAAGACUACCCCGAAGAUGAGGAUGAGCGCAUACGCCAACAGGAAGACGCCGAAGUCGCCCGCCCUAGGGAUCGCGGUGUCGGUGGCGUCGUCGAUACCACAGGCCUGGACAAGGAUGCGCUGGAUGAUAUGGAGGCCAUCUUUGGCAACGGCGAAGACUACGACUGGGCACUCCAGAUGGAAGAAGAGGAGGAGGACCGAGAGAGAGAGGAGCAGGGCAUCGAGCUCAAGGACGUCUUUGAGCCUUCACAGCUCAAGGAAAAAUUGCUCACCGACGAGGAUAACGAAAUUCGAUUUACAGACGAGCCCGAACGCUUCCAACUCGACCGCAAAUCGUUCAAGAACCUGCAGCUCACUCCCGAUCAGUUCAAGGAGGAGGCCCGGUGGAUUACCAACCAGCUAUGGCCGAAGAAGGGUUUGGCUCAGGAACUCCAAGCCCCUUUUGGCAAGGCAGUUGGUAAAGUACUCGAGUUCUUCAUCGUCGACGAGGUCGAGGUUCCAUUUGUGUUUCAGCACCGAAAGGAUUACCUCCUUCACUCCAAGAAAAUUCGCAAGUCCACAAGGGAUGAUCCCGACGGCCCUGAUUAUACGAUUCAGUCAGACAAGCUGCUGAACCAGGAUGAUCUGUGGAGAAUUCUCGAGCUGGAUAUCAAAUUCCGCUCAUUCGUGGAAAAGAGGAAUUCGCUUGAAAAGUCGUUUGACAAUCUCAAAUCCAUGGAUGUCCAAGACGGCAUGGUCGAGGAGAUGAUUCCCGAGGCCACCACCAUGGAAGAGAUUCAGGACCUACAGGAUUAUUUGCAAUUCCAGUACGCCAACAAACUGAAGGACCUCGCGACUCUAUCCGGUAGCGUAUCGCAAACGAAACGCCCCGGUUCAAAAUCUUCACUGUUUGACCGUGUUCGCAAUGGAAAAGCCUACUACUUUGUCAAAGCCUAUGGCAUAACUGCCGACCAGCUAGCGAAGAAUGCCCUUCGUCAAGGUAGAAAAGUCGCUCCGGAUGACCACGAGCAGUAUCCGAUGGAUCUGGCAGACAGCCUGCUUGAUGAAAGCUUCAACACCGGUGACCAAGUCAUUAACGCUGCUCGUCAAAUGUAUGCUGAAGAACUGUUUGCCAGUCCCCGGAUGCGCAAGUACUUGAGAGCUUCCUUUUACCAGGCAGCUGAAAUUAGCUGUCGUCGAACUGACAAGGGCCUGCGAAAGAUUGACGACACCCACCCGUACUACGAAAUCAAGUACAUCCAAAACCAGGCCAUUGCGGAUCUGGUACACCAACCUGAAGUGUUCCUUAAGAUGAUGCGCGCUGAGGAAGAGGGCCUCGUGGAGAUUAAGCUCGAGAUGCCUCCGCGAUACGAUUUCCGGAGGCAACUCUAUCAAGAGUUCGAGUCAGAGAACUUCAGUGAUCGAGCGGAGCAGUGGCGGGAGGAACGCAAAAAGGUGUUGGAUCUUGCCUAUCCUAAGCUGGAAAAGAUUGUGGCCAAGAACAUCAAGGAAGUCAUUCGGACUUUCUGUCAGGACGAAGUUCUCAAGAUGUGUCGACAAGAGUUCUACCGCAAGCUUGAUCAAGCUCCCUACAAGCCCAAGGGGAUGAUCUUGGGUACAACACCACGAGUGCUCGUUCUGUCCAACGGAGGUGGCGACCCUACUCGCGACCCUGUGUGCUGGGCUUGGGUGGAGGAAGAAGGCAGGGUGCUCGAACAAGGCAAGUUUGGCAACCUCGGCAGAGACGAGACUCAGCGGGAGAACUUUGUCGAGCUUGUGCGGCGGCGGCGGCCUGAUGUCAUUGGUGUCAGCGGCUGGUCAUCGGAUACGCAAAAGCUGGUACGCGACUUGGAGGGCCUUGUGAGCGAAAAGAGCCUCAUGGGAGCAGAGUUCGAGGACCCCGAGACGAACGACUACCGAACCGAGCUGCUUGAGGUCAUCGUCGUCGAGGAUGAAGUCGCACGCCUUUACAAAGACAGCCCCCGUGCCAUGGCUGAACACCCCUCUCUCAACCCCAUCACAAGAUACUGCAUCGCCUUGGCGCGGUAUUUGCAGAACCCUAUGAAGGAAUACGCUGCGCUUGGCAAAGAUGUAUCGUCUCUUUCAUUCCAUCCAUGCCAAAGCUUGCUGCCUCCGGAUAAGCUGAUGAAAUAUCUGGAAUCCGCCAUGGUUGAUACUGUCAACAUGGUCGGAGUCAACAUCAACGAUGCCAUGACGGACACUUACACGGCCAACCUUUUACCUUUCGUCGCAGGAUUGGGACCGCGAAAGGCUACCAGCGUAAUCAAGACCAUCAACGCAAACGGAGGCGUAGUCAACACAAGAGACGAGCUUGUCGGCGACCCAGACAGCGGAAAGCUACCGGUUGUUGGACCCCGUGUCUGGAACAACUGUGCCAGUUUUCUGUAUAUCGAGUACGACGCAACGAACCCCUCAUCGGAUCCUCUCGACAACACUCGUGUUCACCCUGAAGACUACGAAUUGGGCCGCAAGAUGGCGGCAGAUGCGCUUGAAUUGGACGAAGAGGAUGUCAAAGCGGAGACGGACGAGAACGGACCUGGUGCCAUUGUGCGAAAGCUCUUCAAACAGGACGAACAAGAGAGGGUCAACGAGCUGGUGCUUGAUGAAUACGCCGACCAGCUGCAGAGGAAUUUCAGCCAACGCAAGCGAGCUACUCUCGAGGCCAUCAGUGCCGAGCUGCAAGCGCCCUACGAAGAGUUGCGCAGGAGCUUUGCGCUCCUCACGCCGUCUGACAUCUUCACCAUGUUUACGGGUGAAACCAAGUUUACCCUCUGCGAGGGCAUGAUUGUUCCAGUCAACGUGCGCAUGGUCAGAGACGACUUUGCCAUUGUGAAGCUGGACUGCGGCAUCGAAGGCAGGAUAGAAGGCCACGAAGUAUCGAACCGGGCUUCUGUCAAGGACGUCCUCAGCUCAGGGCAAACGGUGCAAGCCAAGAUCCUUGAAAUGAACUACAAGGAUUUCAUGGCCAAGCUUUCCAUGCGGGAAGAGUCUCUGCGCAUCCCCUACAAGGCCCCCAUCAACUUUGGCCGCGACGGUUGGGACUAUGCCCUUGAGGCCGCUGACAAGGAGGAGCUUCGUGAGAAAGACAAGACUACGGGCAGGACGCAGCGUGUGGUCAAGCAUCCCAACUUCAAACCCUACAACUCAAUUCAGGCGGAAGAGUACCUUGGAUCUCAGCCUCCCGGCGAGGUCAUUAUUCGACCCUCUUCAAAGGGUAAUGACCACCUGGCUAUUACCUGGAAGGUCGCCGAUGGCGUUUACCAACACAUUGACGUCCUGGAAAUGCAAAAGGACACGGAGUUUUCGGUUGGCAAGCUCCUCCGGAUAGGUGGCAAAUACACCUACAGCGAUCUUGACGAACUGAUCGUGGAUCAUGUUAAGGCCAUGGCCAGAAAGGUCGAAGAGAUGAUGAGAAACGACAAGUACCAAAACAGGUCACGCAACGAGACUGAGAAAUGGCUCAUCACUUAUGUGGAUGCCAACCCCAACCGAUCUGCAUAUGCAUUUUGCAUCGACACCAAGCAUCCAGGAUACUUUUGGCUAUGCUUCAAGGCGAGCAAGACGGCACGCGUCAUCGGCCUUCCGGUGCGAACCAUUCCGCAAGGAUUUGAGCUCAGGGGAUAUCAGUAUCCCGACAUGCGUGCCCUGUGUAACGGUUUCAAGCUGCGGUUCCAGAAUGAGUUUUCCAAGAUGGGGGCGCGCUAA